AUGUUAAAAUAUAUAUUUAAAAAGUUAGAAAAUUCUGAAUAUCCUCUUCUCGGUCCGAAUAUUACCGCUCUAAAAUUUUGGGGAUUAAUUCUACCAAAGGAAUUACUGACAAAAUGUCUGUAUAUUUUCUUUCAUUUAACUGUUAUAAUUUUCACAGCGACAGAAUACGCUGAAAUUUGGUUCGUCAAAUACGACAUGAAUUUACUACUAACUAACAUUAAAAUAACACUGUUGGCAACGGUCAGUGUAAGUAAAGUGACGAGCUUUCUAAUAAAUCAAGAUAAAUGGUUGAAUAUCAUUAACUAUGUCAAUAAAGCCGAUAAGGUGCAAAGAAAUGGUGAUGAUGCUAAAAGGGAUAUCAUUAAUAGAUACACGAAAUACAGCAGGAAAAUUACGUAUUUUUAUAUCAUUUUGAUGUACACGACCGUGGUUAUUGUUAUGAGUCAACCGAUUUACAAAUACCUAUUCAGCGAGAGUUAUAGGGAGAACGUAAGAAAUGGGACCGAAAAUUACGCCCAAGUUGUUAGUUCUUGGGUACCCUUCGACAAAAAUACAGUCACUGGACACAUAUUCGCCUGCCUCUAUCAAAGUUACGCUGCAAUUUAUGGGGGCGGUUGGAUAACUUCUUUCGAUACUAAUGCUAUUGUCAUCAUGGUUUUCUUUAGGGGGGAACUCGAAAUGUUGAGGAUUGACAGUCGUAACUUGUUCGGAUCGGAAAACUUGUUAGUAAGUAAAGAAGAAUUUAAGAAACGUUUAAAGAAUUGUUAUCAAAGGCACGUGGAUUUGCUAAAAUACAGUUAUCUCUUCGAUUCCUGCCUGUCACCUAUUAUGUUUCUCUACGUCAUCGUGUGUUCUGUGAUGCUCUGUGCUACGGCCUAUCAAAUAACUACUAUCGAAACGAGUACGACGCAAAGAUUCCUAACGGCUGAAUAUUUGAUAUUCGGCAUUGCGCAACUCUUCAUGUAUUGUUGGCAUAGCAACGACGUUUUGUAUGUGAGCAAAGACCUAUCCCUUGGGCCUUAUGAAAGUGUUUGGUGGUCGAGAGAUGUGUCAGAACAAAAAGAUGUUAACAUUUUGGUCGAUCAGUUCAAGAAAAUCAUCGUGUUUAGUGCUGGACCAUUUACUAACAUAACAGUGACAACAUUUAUUAGCAUACUGAAAGGCGCUUACAGUUACUACACGCUUCUGAGUCAAUCUCAGCAGUAUUAGUUACAGAGCAAAUA